GCCUCAGGUGGGGCCGCCCCGCCCUCCCGCCCUCCAGCGUGCGCGUCCAGCGGCGUCUUCUCAGCUUUUCGCAGUCGGCGGCCACCCCGGCGCUGCGAGUUUUGACAUUUGGGAGGCAGCCGGGCGGGCUCCCCCAGACCGACGGCUGUGGCGGCGGCUGCCCCGCCAGGGUCCCUAGCCGCUGCCCCGCACUCCCGCCGCCGCCUGGGAAGGGCGGCCACGAGGCCCCGCGCUCGGCGUCCCGGCGGCCGCAGCCAUGUCGCGGGGGCCGGAGGAGGUCAGCAGGCUCACGGAGAGCACCUACCGGAAACACGUGAGCACAGAGCCCUGCCGCUCCUCCCAGAUCAGAGCCGCACAUGUUUCCCGUGGAGAUGAAAUGCCAGCUUGAGCAAGCAAGCAGUCAGACGCUCAGAAAACGUUAUGGAACAGUUCAACCCUGGUCUCCGAAAUUUAAUAAACCUAGGAAAAAAUUAUGAAAAAGCUGUUACUGCUAUGAUCCUGGCAGGAAAAGCCUACUACGAUGGAGUGGCCAAGAUCGGUGAGAUGGCUGCCGGGUCCCCUGUGUCGACAGAACUGGGCCUCGUUCUCAUAGAAAUUUCCAACACCCACAAGAAGCUCAAUGAGAGUCUUGAUGAAAACUUCAGAAAGUUCCAUAAAGAGAUCAUACACGAGCUGGAGAGGAAGACAGAACUUGAUGUGAAAUACAUGAAUGCAACUCUCAAAAAAUACCAGACAGAACACAGGAGUAAAUUAGAUUCUCUGGAGAAGUCUCAGGCUGAGUUGAAGAAGAUCAGAAGGAAAAGUCAAGGAGGACGAAACGCUCUCAAAUAUGAACACAAAGAGAUUGAGUACGUAGAAACUGUGACUUCUCGGCAGAGUGAAAUCCAGAAAUUCAUUGCAGAGGGUUGCAAAGAAGCUUUACUUGAAGAGAAAAGGCGCUUCUGCUUUCUGGUUGACAAACACUGCAGUUUUGCAAACCACAUACAUCAUUAUCACUUACAGUCUGCUGAGUUACUCAAUUCCAAACUGCCCAGGUGGCAGGAAACCUGUGGAGAUGCCACCAAAGUACCCGAGAAGAUCAUGAACAUGAUAGAAGAAAUAAAGACCCCCAUCUCUACACCGGUGUCUGGAACACCUCAGCCUUCACCGAUGGUUGAGCGGAGCAGCAUGGUUGGGAAAGAGUAUGAUACCCUUUCUAAACAUUCGCCAAAGAUGCCCCUGGCUCCUUCAGCCAGAGCCUAUUCCGGUCCUUUGAUUGACAUGUUCAAUAACCCAGCAACAGUCGCACAGAAUUCACAGAACUCAGAAAGGACAAAUAAUUCAACAGACCCUUCUGACGACCCCAGCUUACAGCGGUCUAUUUCUGUUGCAACUGGACUGAACAUGAUGAAAAAGCAGAAAGUGAAAACCAUUUUCCCACACUCCGCCGGCUCUAACCAGACGCUGCUCAGCUUCUCACAGGGAGACGUCAUCACACUUCUCAUCUCAGACGAGAAGGACGGCUGGCUCUACGGAGAGCACGACGACACCAAAGUGAGGGGCUGGUUCCCGUCCUCGUACACAAAGCUGCUGGAAGAAAAUGCAAAGGAACCCGUGAGCAUGCCCAAACCAAGCCCUUUGCCCGUGGUGAGAAGCAUCAGCACAGUGAACUUAGCUGAGAAGAGCAGUGUUGUCAUCCCCCCGCCUGACUACUUGGAAUGUCUGUCCCAGGGAGCAGCCGCGCCCAAGAGCACAUCCAUCUUCAAGGCACCGGCCCCCAAACUAGAAGCCACAUCUCCGGACAGGGAGAAAUUGAAGGAGAAAGACACCUGCACAGCUGCUUUGCCAUUUGUGAAGAAUGACGCCAAUGGGAUUGCAAAGCCGCCCUUCCUCAGCGGAGAGAACCCCUUCGCUACAGUCAAACUGCGGCCCACGGUGACCAAUGACCGCUCCGCCCCGGUCAUCCGGUGAGGAGACAGGACGGCGUGGGAGGGACGCUUAGUUCUCGUGAGCAGAGUGCUAGGUCUGCGCUACGUGCUGCACGGCUUCCCUGGAGGUGCCUGGCGGGAAACGCCUCGACCUGGGCAGAUCACGCGUGUUCUCAAUUUCAUGGUCGAGUGUGUGUGUGUGUGUCCUGAAAAAGAUAAUUUUAAUAAUUUGAGUUGAUCACUGAACAUUCUUCCCAUUCUGAGUUUAAAAAAGAAAUGGUAAAUAUAGUUCUGAAUCCUAGUUUUAAAAGUACUUUGAUUGUUACUAGAGCCAGAAUGAGGGGUAGACUACGCUUCCGCUUCCAGUCAGCUGUCAGACAGGCAUGUGUUCCAAAGUAGCCUUACAAUGUUUAUCUAAAGGAAAUACCGUCUGCAUUUGCAUCUUCCCGUGGAAAUUAUAAUUGUAAGCAAUAUAAAUUAUAAGAUUGUAUAAAAUUUAAUUUUUAAUUUAA